AUUAAAAGAUGGCAGCGUCGUGUCGAUUUCUUGUCAGAUUCAAUACUUUGCAAAAAUGCAUUCUUUCUGUAAAUGCAAAUGCAGAGUGUUCUAUCUCUUCUGCAUUGGGCGGAAUUCGACAUAAAUCUACAAUCUCUCAGUCAGAGCAGCAUCAAUAUGAUCUUGUCAUUGUUGGUGGUGGGAUUGUUGGUGCAGCUACAGCCCAAGAGCUGAUCACUCGUCACCCAAAUUUGAAGUUAGCAAUAUUAGAGAAAGAGAAGGAAUUAGCUGCCCACCAGAGUGGACAUAACAGUGGUGUGAUCCAUGCUGGUAUCUACUAUGUACCUGGUACACUCAAGGCCAGGCUCUGUGUUAAAGGCAUGGAGAUGGCCUAUAAAUACUGUGACAAACAUCAAAUACCUUACAAGAAAUGUGGCAAGCUGAUUGUAGCUGUAGAACCAGAAGAGUUGCCUAGGUUGGAUGUUUUGAUGGAGCGUGGGCUUAAAAAUGGGGUCAAAGACAUUAGGAUGGUUGGACCUGACGCUAUUAAAGAGAUUGAACCUAAUUGUGUGGCUCUGAAGGCUAUCCACUCACCACACACUGGCAUCAUAGACUGGGGAUUGGUUACUAAACACUAUGGCAAAGAAUUUGAGAAGCGUGGUGGAAAUAUCUACACAAAUUAUGAAGUGGACACAUUUCUGACUAAGGCCGAGAGCAAAGAGGGAAGUAUUCAAGGGCUCACCCACAAUGUGGAAAUACAUGGAAGUAACCCUGCGAAUCCUGUUGUAAGCUGUCGUUAUGUUGUGACUUGCGGUGGUCUUCACUCUGAUAGACUAGCAGAGAAAUCAGGCUGCAACCCUGAACCAAAAAUUGUGCCUUUCAGAGGAGAGUAUUUACUGCUAGCACCAGAAAAAUGUAACAUGGUCAAUGGAAAUAUCUAUCCUGUUCCGGACCCAAGAUUCCCAUUUUUAGGUGUACAUUUCACACCGAGAAUGGACGGCAGUGUCUGGCUGGGUCCUAAUGCUGUCUUGGCUUUUAAGAGGGAAGGCUAUGGAUACACCCAAUUUAGUCUUUCAGACUUUGUAGAUGCUGUCAGCUUUAGGGGCUUACGUAAACUGGCAGUCAAACAUUUAGGUUAUGGCAUUCAAGAGAUGUACAAAAGUAUUUAUAUUAAUGCUCAAGUCAAACAGUUACAAAAGUUUGUUCCAUCAUUGAAGCUUGAAGAUGUUAGAAGGGGUCCUGCUGGAGUGCGAGCUCAAGCACUGGACCGUGAUGGAAAACUUGUGGAUGACUUUGUAUUUGACAGUGGUUCAGUAGACAUGAGUAGCAGAGUUUUGCAUGUCAGAAAUGCUCCAUCACCUGCUGCCACAUCUUCUCUGGCUAUAGCUGAAAUGGUUGCUGACAGAGUUGAGCAACAGUUUCAACUUUAGUUUGAAUUUAGUGCAGCUUGUACACAAUUGUCUAGGUGUGUAUGCCUUGACAUCAAUCUAAAGUGAAACAUAGUUUUAGCUACUUUUUCAUUUUGAAAGAUUUUGUUAUAAUACCAUGGGUCUGUAGUUAUUUUUUUUUAAACGUUAUGAAAUGAUUGAGAUUUGCCUAAAUUUAUUCUUUUUAUAAUUUUAUAUUGAGAUUGAAACUGCCUCUCUAUAUUUUAUUAUCAAUAUAGGUCAAUGGCCGCAUUGUUUGUUUUUUUGCUAAUGCUCAAAACAUUUAAUGUUUUUUUUUUUCUUCUUUUUCAUACUUUUACUUAUUCUAUGCAGAUCUUUGUUUCAUUUCAACAUGAUUCUGAAUUGUGAUAGUAUUAUGUGUAUAGUUUCAGAAGGGUAUAUUGAUUACUUUAGAUACAUUUAUAUUGGUAUACAUUUUUUUCCAGUGCUUGUAUGCUGUUGAUUUUUUUUAUUAAUAUGUAUUUGACUUGUUUCAGUCAAGUAUUGGUCAGUUGUAUUGUUUUCUGUUCAUUAUGUUACUUCUUAAGCAUAAUCUUAACUAGCAUUUGUUAGUUGAUAAUUGUUUGCAUCAAUCAAAUGAAACCUCUGAUGUAACUUAUCUGUACAUAUCAUGUUGUGAUUGUAUUAAAAGGUUUUAGAUGAAGAAGAGUGGGACCUAGUCUCCAGUAAAAUCUGAGGGUUAUUUAAGUACAGUAUAUUUUUAAAGUAAAUAAUUGUUUCAUUUUCAUGUAAGUCUUUGUAUGUUACUAAUGUUUUAAGUGAUGAAAUGUGAUCAUCUUAAUUAAUGUGAAUGCAUGUCUUGUCCAGGGACAUUAAUACUAAUGUUUGGAAAAGGUUUGUAAAUUUUGACAUUUAUACAGAUACUCUGCUAGUUUCUUGACUGCUGCCAUGUCAAGUGAGCUCAUUAGUAUUGGGGUGGAUAAAUAUUAAAUUGUUAUUCAUUUCAAAAUUUUUAUUAGAAACAGUAAGAUAUAAUGGAUUGACUGUUGAUUUUAUUUUAGAAUGUGAUACCUAUGAAAAUAAAACCUAAUGAGUCUUAGAAUGUUUCAAUAUUCUGGAACCUGAAUUCUAUUUGAACUGUGCGGGUGAGAUAAUGAACCAGGUUUAAAACUUAUUUUAGGUGUUAAGCAAAUAUUUUAUUAUUUAUAUUAGAAAUACAAAGUGUGACUUAAUUGUGCAACUUUAAAAAUAAACCUAAAAAAAAAAGGUUUUGAAAAAAUCGAGUGAUUUCUUCACUCUUAACAACUAAUGUAUGAUCAAUUUUAAAAAAGGACAUUUAUAACCCCCCUUCCUUUCUGAAAACAUUCUGACUAUGCCUAUUUUUAGAUCUACUCAGAGUAUAAAAGAUUCUAUUUUGAUAUAGAUCCAGACUUGGAAACAUCAAAAGACAGUAGUCUAGACUAGAGUACUGGAUCGUUAGACCAGCUAAUUUGUACACUUGAAGGACUAUUUAUUUAUUCAACUUUUUAUUGAAUCAUAUUCAAACACAUUUUGGUCUUGGGAAUUCCCACUAUUGCAUGUUCAAAAUUGACAAAAUUUAAUUUGAAGAUGAUUAUAUUUUGAAAAAUUAUAAGGGUCAAACCAGAGUUUUCACUGUGUGGUCAAUUAGGUUUUUUAUUUCCCAAAGAUAUACAUUAACUGUCAAAUUUCUAGGAAAAUUGUUAGAGCCAUUUUUUGAAAUCUGUGUCCAUCCACCCAUGAAGGGUUUGCAAGCUCAUAAGAGGAAUUGUAAGAACAUUGUCUCAGAAAUUUUUUUUUAGUCCACUAGGACUUAAACAUGUGUAUGAAAAUCUGUUCAUUCUACAAUUUGUAACACUUGUGUUGAAAACCUCUGUUCAGACAUGAUGUGAACAUAUGUAUUAAAUACUUCUGUUGAAACUAGAACAUUUUGUGAAAUAUUGGGGUUGUUAUCUUAACCUUUGUCUUAAUGGGCAGUCUGUAUUUAGAUUUAUAUAUCAUUAUGUGUGUAGUAAUUCACUAUUGGUUCUUGUAGAUAACAUCUAACUUCAUAAUAUUAAACAGGUCUCUCUAUUGUUCAAAAUACGUAUUUGUAAUGUCAGAUAUAAUGUGACAUCAGUUUGUACACAACUCAUAUAACACUUGUUCUUAAUGCUAUAAGGGGGCCUGAAAUGGGCUAAUUUGUCACAAAAAAAAAGCGCUGAAACUACUGUAAACCUAUUUAUUUUCAGUGCUACAAUUUUCCUCGUAAGUUUUAUGUGCCCUUAAUUAAUGAUGUACUUUUCCAAGUAAGCUUGCCAUGUUGUAUUAAUGUGAUAAAUUGAAAUACAGGUGCUAAUAGAUAUUGAUCA